AUACUGAGGUCAGUGUUCCACCGUUUGUUGACUAGCAGAUAACUCGUUGUUGCGGACACUUCUUCUCAUCGUUAAAUAUAUCCAUCAUCUUGAAUAUUUUCGCUAAAAUUCCACGAUUCUAGUGACGUAAUCAGCUGAUAAUAGGGUUGAACUGACUUUCAAGGAAAUGCCGCCAAUCAAGCCGAAGGAGAAUCGUAGCCGCCAGUCGAUGACAUGCUGCGACGACUCGAGCUCGGAUUCUGACUCCUACGAUUCGGACGAUAUCUGCAGCUGCACCUCUUCAACUGAUUCGGACUGUGAACCGAGACGUCGAAGCAAGGGGAAAUUGGGGAGAAAAACGCAGUCGAAAAAAAUCAAGCCAAAAUCGAAGACCAAUGAAAAAGGGGCCAAGUCCAAGAAUAAAAACGGGCGUAAGAAUGAAGUGUCGUCUGCCUCGUCGUGCGACUGUUCCGAUUGUUGGUCGGACAACGACUCGGACUCAUCUGCCGAAAGCUGCCCAUUGGCCUCCGGUUGUUGUCAAAGAAGUUCGGGGAAAUCAUCUUGCAAGUAAACGAUCGCUUCGAAAUCGUCAAAUUGUGUGGUUCGAUGGUAGAGCGAUGAAUUGAUCGAUCGACGUUCAAGUAUGAGGCUCGCUCCUGUUCGAAACACAAGUGACGUCCCGGAAUCAGCUUUCUUCUUCAUUUAUUUCAUCUCUUUUUCGUUCUGCGUCCAUUUUUGUGCCAUAAAUAUAGCUGACGUAAUCAAUCUGCAGCGCGUCAUUGACUGAAUUGUUCCUUUCUGAUGAAACUUUGACUCCUUCAAAUUGAUAGUCACUUUAAUUUGUCGUACGGGUAUUUGUACUAAAAUAUCAUCAAAUUCAACGUGUCACUAUUAUUUUCAUCGUAUUAAUUUAUACGCGAUAUCGGUAUUAAUUCAUGACGUCAUCAAUUUACCAAGACAAAAAGACGUAGAAAUUUGUUAAGCAUUAUCAUAUUGUAUCGAGUUCCUGCAGUGCAACUCUAAAUUAGAUUGUCUGGGUAAUAUCAUUCCGAAUUGUUUUCGGCUGGCUGCGUUUCUAUUUAUCCUAAAUUAUUUACAGUUACAUAUAUUAAGUUAUAUUGAAAUAUUAUCAUCGUGUUAUAAUUAUAAUUGUCAAUAUCAAUUUAUCAUCGAAUAAAGUGUUUUAUCUAUAGUAACAAUCACCAUAUGAUCAUAAAUAAUAUAAUUAGUUUAAUAAUUCUAACAGAAUACGAGUAAAAUGAAACCGAGCAAAAAACGAACAACCAUAAUUGCUUCACGAGGUAAAACGGGUUCACUAAAUUUAAUCAAGAAGCACGAACCUGAAAUUCU